AAGUGAAGAUAUAAUUAUAUUAUCUGCUCUCUCUUUCCCUCUACUCCUCUCCCUGACUAACAACAGGGCGCAGGAUCAAUGCAGGCGUAAACAAGCGUGUAUGUUUGUGAAAUAUUAUACAUUAUGAAUUACUAGUAUUUUUUACACAAGGGAUUAUGGGUGAUUUUGCGGCCGUGGCCUCAUGGCAGAAGAGCUCAUUCUCGGGUGUUAUGGCCGCAAGUAGAGCCUGGCAGCCCUGUAACAGCAGCAGCCGGGGAAGUAAUGUGCACAGUGGACGGACGGUAUCGAUGGAGGUGAAGAAGCAGAAGAUGAAGAUGGCAUUGCCUGGUGUUUCUGCUUCGACUUCUACUUACUCUUCAAGAAUUUCUACAAACAUCCCACUCUAUGAACAUCCUGGGGCUUCCUUUGAUCGGUAUCUGGAGGAUAAGCCUAGAGUAUUCAAAGCCAUUUUUCCCGACACGAAGAGAAGCCAACGACUGACUGAGGAAGAGUGGAGAAUCCAUAUGUUACCUACACAGUUUUUAUAUCUAACUGUUGUGCCAGUAGUUGAUGUUAGAUUGAGAUGUAAAUCCGCUGGAAUAGAUUACCCAGAUGGAGUUUCUUCAGAUAUCACUAAAGUCCUUGAGCUUGAUAUUUUAAGAUGGGAGCUUAAAGGGCUAGAUGACAUUGUCACGCCAUCUACCUUUUCGCUACUUGUAAAGGGGGAAAUGUAUGCUGAUCGACGAACGAAGCCAAGCUUAAAAGGUCGAUUACAAAUGAGCAUGAGCUUUGCUGUGCCUCCAGUUCUUGCUUUGGUCCCUGAGGAUAUCCGCAGAGGGGUAGCAGAGUCGUUACUACAGAGAUUGAUAGGGAACAUGAAGCAUAAGGUUAAUGGUAGUCUGAUUGCAGACUACAGCCAAUUUAAGAGGGAGAUACUCGGAUAGUAUGAUAUCGUUUAUGGCGGCUGAAUUAAGUCCAGGAAGCCGGAGGCUUAUGAGAUAAAACCAGUGCAACAUGAGGUUCUUAUAUAGAUUAUGAUAAUGAUCUGGAACAUCUGCUAUAUUUUCGUGAUCAGAGUUGUAUAUUACUGUCAGAAUGUAAUAAUAUAGGGGGCGGACUUGCAGAAUUUUUGCUACCAAAACCUGUUUCUUUCUUAUAAGUAACUUGUAAUGGACAUUUUACA